AUGAAGUUUGGACGACUGGCCAAGUUUUACGAAACGAACAAGAAGCUGUUCCCGCCUCUAGAACUGACCGGUUUAGGGGAAGACGCACUGAGGGUUAUAAUAGCGUGGGAUCGUGACUUUGGCGAAAUAAAUGGUCUACAAAAUAUCGAGCACCAGCAAGCAAUCGAUUACUUAGAAAAAUAUGAGCAUGACCGUGGAUUGAAAAAUAAUUGUGUUAUGAUCGUUAAUUUUAUCAAGGAAGAAAAUAGCAAGUGUUUAGGAAAGCUAGCCUGGGAGUUCGAAAAACGUUUCCCAGUUUUG